AUGGCGCGUGGCUAUUUUUGGAGGUCAUCGAAUAUCGACAGGAUCCAGGAACGUGACACACUUACCAUUCUUGCCUGGUUCAACAAACACAAUACAAUCAUUCCACGGCGAGGCCCAGAAGCCGUUGCAUUCUUGUCAUGUCUCUUUCCCGAACGCAGACCAGACAGGGUCUUCGGCCUGCAAGAACGACAACUGGAAGGGGUUAUACAACGCGCACAGUGUAUUGGAUCAUCCCGAAUGAAGGAUCUUCAGAGAUGGAAAACCAGUGGCGGUUUAGACUUUGCGUCCUCUGUUGAGCGCAUGAUGGCUACAACAGACUGCGAAUCCAGAGCCGGCCGAGAGGUAACUCUGGAAGAACUCGACGAUGUCCUCGAUCAGAUUGCAGCCUUAUCAUCGUUCUCGUCCGCUAGCCUACUGGAAAGAGUUACAACGAAGCACGGCCGAUCAACCCGUGCAGAUGACCUGCUUUCGAAAGUAUUCCGAGUACUGCAGAGCUCCGAGACCAAAUGGAUGAUUCGCAUUAUAUCAAAGAAUUACAGCCCGGCCUACAUUCCAGAGACGCCAGUAAUGAGCAUAUUUCAUUUUCUCCUGCCUGACCUCCUUCGCUUUCAAAAUUCAAUCCCAGCUGCUGUGGAGCUCCUAGACAGCCCAACUAUCCGGCAUAUGCCCAUCCAGCCAGCCGUGGAUACUUGCGAUGAGUUGAAAGCAGUUGCCAGUAGGGAACUCGAGCCGCAGGCUGAGAUAAUGACUGCGCGUGCGACCUAUGAAAAAGCAAGGAGCAUCAGGCAUUGCUGCCAAUUGGCUGGGUCGAGAUGGAUGAGCGUGGAGAGGAAGUACGAUGGAGAAUACUGUCAAAUCUAUAUCGACCUGAACAAAUCCGGAGCCGGCAUCAAGAUUUUCACCAAGAGUGGGAGAGACUCAACCAGCGACCGCGCGGGAAUUCAUCGGGUACUGCGGGACAGCCUUGAGCUUGACACAGCAGGCUGCAAAAUUCAGAAGCGGUGCAUCCUGGAGGGUGAGCUGCUGGUAUGGAACGACGACGACGGGAGAAUCGAGCCUUUCCACAAAAUCCGCAGACAUCUGAAACGAUCGGGACGGUUUCUUGGAGCUGCUCGAGAUUCGCCUGUCGAAUCGAGCGAGCAUCUCAUGAUCAUGUUCUACGAUAUUCUAUUACCGGACGACAUUGUCUGCGGCUUAGAGACUCAUUAUGAACGGCGACGACUGCUUCAAUCUCUGCUCCGCCGCAUUCCGGGCCGGACCGACAUCGGGUCCCGCGAAGUAAUUGAAUUCUCGUCUUUCGACGCAGCGGAACGGCUCAGUGAGACAUUCGCUCGAGCAGUCACACAACGGUGGGAAGGAUUUGUGCUCAAAGGUUGCGAGGACCCCUACUUCUCAUUCAACGGAAGCAGGCCAUUCAUCAAGCUCAAGAAAGAUUACAUUCCAGGCCUUGGUGACACCGCAGACUUCGCCAUUAUUGGGGGAUGCCGCGACGCGGGAGAUGAGCAUGAGCUCGGCAUUGGUAGCCUAUGGUGGACGUCAUUCUAUAUCGGGUGCGUCGAAAAUAAGCACGAGGUCUGCCGCUUUAAUGCCAAGCCGAGAUUUCGCAUAAUCGAUACGGUCAACAGACAUGGCAUCUCGAAAGAAAACAUCACGUACCUCAACCGCCAUGGAUACUUCACACGAGCGCCAUUCGCCAAGUCUAUGCCUGAGUUCGAUGUCUCAUUCGAGGCCACACGGAGGCUGCAGCCAGUGGAGCUAUUCAAGCAUCCGUUUAUAGUAGAAGUGGUCGGUGCUGGCUUCGACAAGCCCGCGAAUAUUUAUGAGGAUCGCUCGUUCAGGGAUACAAUCAGCUUUGAGGAGCUACAGGAAAUGGGCCAGAGAUGCCUAGAGAUACCGGAUGAUGGAGAACAGGAAGAGAAAAGUUGGUUUCGGAGACUGCGAGGCUACGAGCACCUGGUUGACAGAUCGAGAACUAGCUCUCCCAGCGAUGACGCAGUUUCUGUUGCAGAUAUUUGUGCAGGCAGGCAAAGCAACCGCCAAGAGGAGAAGUUGGGGACAGCUGUUGAGUCCCAGUGCCUUGAUAAUAUUUCCCUCGGGGCAUCAAAGCGGAAGAUAUCUCCAGAGGUUGCCUUGUCUGGUAACUCAACCGUCAAGCGAGCAAAGCAGGAGUAAACGAAAGAA